CCUCCUGAAUAGCGACUCUGCCGCGUUAGCACGGGCUAGUUUUGCUAACUUUGUCCCGUUUACGAGGCGUGAGUUUUUGUUUUUCCUAGAUGUCAGAUAAAACAGUUAAACGGCCAGGGGUGGGGGUCGGGGUGCUGGUGACAGACUCGGCCCACCCCGGGUGCGUUCUCCUGGGGAAACGGAGGAGCGCUGUGGGCAAAGGGACGUACCAGCUUCCCGGUGGUCAUUUGGAGUUUGGAGAGACGUGGGAGGAAUGCGCUCACAGGGAGGUGCUGGAGGAAGCUGGGGUGCGUUUGGUGAACGUCCGCCUUGCGUCAGUGGUGAACUCCAUCAGGCUGGAGGAGCAGUACCACUACGUCACCAUAUUCAUGCAAGGAGACCUGGACAGGAAGCAGUCAGGAGAGCCAGAGAACCUGGAGCCGGAGAAGAACGAGGGCUGGACGUGGACACACUGGGAUGAGUUUCCUCCGGAGCAGCAGCUCUUCCUGCCGCUGGCCGGUCUGAGACAACAAGGCUUCCAGCCGUUCAGAAACAAACACUGACACUCAGCCUUGAAACUGCAUGUUACAUUAGGAAACUUAUCCUACCUCAGGGGAUAAACGGACAUAUAUUUAAUACCUUGUUUUACAUCAGUGGUCAGUUUACAUACAGUAGAUACCUUUUCCUCAAAUGUCAUGAUACAUACUGUAAUUUCUGCCAAUAUUAAGAACGGUUACAAAUAUAGUAGAAGAGUCAGCUUUGAGUUUAUUCAGAUUUUAAGCAAAUAAUGCCACAAAUAAAACACACAAAUGAACAGAAUAAAAAAUAUAAUA